UUUUGACACGAAUCCUGUAUUGUUUUGCCGUGACGUCACGUCCGCGUUGAGAAAUGGCGGACUCCCGUGUGGGUGUGCCCCUUGAACCCACCAUGCAGCCUGACAAACACAAGGAAAUCACUGAGGCUGACCAGAGCAAGGAAGAGGACAUGUCUUCAUCAAAUCCUCCUACCUCCUCUACUUCAUCCUCCUCUUCCUCCUCCACCUCUUCCACCUCCUCUUCCUCUGUCACCACUGUCACCACUACUACCACCACCACCACCACCUCCUCUCCCACCUCGUCCUCCUCCUCGUCCACCACAACCAGCACCACCAGAGGAACCCAUUCUAUCAGUGAUGUUAGCAGUACUGGGAGCAGCAGCAACAGCACUGCCGACAGCACCAGCGUGAACAGCAGUAACCGUGUGUCGCCAACAAUAGGUGUUAGCUCCAGCAGUGUAGGCAGCAGCUUGUCCAGCCCAGGCAUGGGGAAUCCCUUUGCACGGGCUGCCCCUCAUGCCUCCUGGGGUUCCACUGAGUCCUGUGAGCAGCGCCCCAUCCUGGCUCCAUCCCGGCUCUCUUCCCAGACAGACUCAGGCUCCAAAGUUACCUCCAGUGGAGUGCUGAGGCCUUCCUCCCUGGGGGCAUCGGGAAGGCUGGGGGGUCCUGUCCGACCUGCUGCAGGCACCUCCUUCUUUCCACCCCCAACCCUCACAGUCACAGGCUCAUCCCCACCCCAGGCUGCCAAAUCAGAAUUUAAGCUGAAACCCUCAGUGCUUGGUUCUCCAAACCCCUUUGCUAAACCUGUACCUGAAAGCCCAGGGGAGAAACCUGAGGGUGGAAGGGAAGGAAGCAGCAGAGCAGUAGGUAGUAACAACCAACAGGAGGAUGCCACACCACCAGUCAGUGGCAAUCAGUGCCAGGCUCCAUCAUCAACACCUGCUGCCACCACCACACCCUCCAAGGACAUGGCUCAAGGAACAAGGACAUCCACACAAACCCAGGACACCAAGAGCACAAGUAGGAGCCCACUCAACAAUAACAGUAGCAACAGCACCACACCAGGAAACAAUACCAUCACCGGGAGCACCUCCGCCAUCGGUGCCAGGAGCCUCUUCCUGCCACUGUCCCGCACCACCAACAACAACGACAGCACGUCCAGCCCAACCCUUGGAAGUAGUUUCAUCUUCGGCCAAAAUUUGCACUCAAAAGUGGCUAGUGGUGCAGCAACAAACAGCAGUGGUAGCAGCAGUGCGGGUGGUGGUGGCUGGGGUCUGGCCACUGACGCAGCGGCUCCCACAACCAAUGGGGAGAAGCCCACAGGCAAUCUCUUCUCAGAAGCAGUAUCUGAGGUGUCCAGGUGGUCCGAGGGUGCAGCAAGUGGUGGGGGAGCAGCAGCUGGAGCAAGUCUGACAGCAGCAGCAGCUGCUGCAGGAGCCACCACCAAUGGCCAGCCACAUACUGGUAACCUCUUCUCAGAGGCUGCCUCAGAGAUCUCCAGGCCUGGGGAGGAGCACCAGGCAUGGGGCGGUGGACAGUCGUUGGCCGAGUCUUCACGUGAACUGACAGAGAAGGAGAAGAGCCAGAAGCGGAAGUUUGAUGAGGUGGAAGUGAUUACUGGCGAGGAGAACGAGUCUAACGUGCUGCAGAUGAACUGCAGGCUGUAUGCAUGGGUCAGCGGCUGGUGGCAGGAGCGGGGCAGGGGGAUCCUGCGACUCAAUGACUGGGACGCAGGGGACCAGCAGGGCGGGACAGAGGCUACAGGUGGCAGUAGUGGGAGGAACAAGGAAAUUCGUUCUCGCCUAGUGUUUCGCACACAGGGCACACUCACUGUCAUGCUCAAUACGAAGGUAUGGGCCGACAUGUCUGUGGAAAGAGUUAGCAGUAAAAAUGUUCGCUUUACGGCAUUGGAUGCAGAUGGACAGCCCAAGAUCUUCAUAGCUGCGGGGAGCCCCAAGGAUGCAGAUCUGUUGCACAACUCUUUGGAAUGGCGUGUGGCAGCUUUGCGCGCCCACACACAGGAGGAAACUACUGCUGAUAGCACCAAGAAAGCAAAAACAGAUGACAACAAAUCCCCAUCUCUGCCCUUGUAGACAUGGUUAUUGGCUAACUGAGCUGAUAUGGGCACAGCCUUCCAGGAGCAAGCAACCUGUAGGUCACAGAAGACCAGUGUGUUGUGAUGCUUUACCUCCGGUGCAAUAUUGGUGGCACCCUUGUAAGAACACACACACACACGCAUGCACACACACACACACACACACACACACACACACACACACACACACACACACACACACACACACACACACACACACACACACACACACACACACACACACACUUCACUCUUGUCAAAUGGAACUUACAAUUUUUAUAUGUUAAUUUCCACAUACUUAAGUAUAUUUUAGUGUUGGCUUGGACAUUGUUAACAGUAUCAGGGGAUGGAAGGAAGCCUACACUCAGCCUUACCAAAGCAGUCCCAAGCAGGGGCUGUCCAGAGGCCUCUCCUGGAUGGAAAAAUCAACACAGAAUUUGUAUGCUGGAUUACUUGUCAGUUGAUGGGUCUUGGUAUUUUUAUUACAUUUGAUAAUUCCAUAUAUGUAGUGAAAGAAUGCCUGAAGUACUGUUUCCUGGGCAAUAGCAAGGAGAUUGAGUACUGUGACUGCAGAUAUCCUGCUUAGACUUAUUUAUACAUGCAUAUUAGUUUGAUGGGUAACGAAAAUGAUGUACUUUAAGUCAAAUUUCUAACUGACCCUGCCAAACACAAUGCAUAUGGACUGCUGGUCAUAUUCACAUACACACACACACACCAAGUGUUGGAUACUGACUUGGGAAGAAUUCCAGUGUAGUUUUGCCCAAAGUGUUGGACCUGCAGUUCAGGAACACUGAACAAGAUGGGCAUGGCUCUUUAUUGAUCUGAAGGUGUAGGGCACCCACUUGCAUGAGACUGGACCAACUGACACUUUGUUACUGGAAAAUAAUGGACCCAUUGUUUUGGUCAUAUUGACCUUGAAAACAGAACUGCACAUGUGCAAAGAAAUAAAGGCAUGUUUUUUUUA